CAGCAUUUAGCUGAUUUUGUUAAUUUUUUAUUUUUGUCUGCUUUUCUUGGUUUUGUCUUACGUUGCAGCUGUUGAUUUGAUCUUGUUGUAGCGUACAGAUAUACCACUACAUCUAUUUUCCACCGGAUACUGGUGUUUCCCGGGAAGUUGUGACUGUUCACCGCUGGCGUCUUGUUCUGCCUUGGUGCUUGAUUGGUGUUCGGUCGCGGAACGGCAUUGUAGGUUUGGAUUGUUCGCUGUUGGCAGUUAUGAGUAGAGAAGAACUGUCUGUACAAACAUGGCCCCCGAAGGAGCGAAUAUCCCGAAAGAGACCAUUAGACAACGGCGCAUCGCAUCCUGUGUCGGCUGGAUCCGACAUUCCACAGCUUCGGGUACAGUCUGUGAUACGUUUUGCCGGCUCCCGUACUGAAUCGCAGUAUGCUAACCCGUACCCACAAUCGAACGCGCGUUCUUCGACUUGUGCCAGCGUCCCGUCGCCCGUGGCUGAUUCCCCUUCGGAAUGCUCCACGGAUUCGGAAAAUCGGCUAAUUAAUUUGCAAAUAGGACGAUUCCGUUCCCCAGCCGCUUGGUGGCACGCUCGGAUCACCUUGUUCGCUGUUCCGGUAAGUGGAGAAGCUUCUGGUUUGGCGCGUGAUUCCGUGGAGAUCCUUGAGUCGACCCUGUCCAGCCAUUUCGUGCAUUCCCUGCACUCUCCCUCCACCAUCGACAAGUACUGGGAGGUGGUCCAAGCGCGGAAUACGGCCCUGGAGAAUAUAAUCGCUGGGGUCACGGCGGCGUACGAAGCCGCCUAUGGCGACCAGAUUGCGGCAUUUUCCACCUUUAUGAUUUCGGCGCUGCGUGACGGUCUUGUGCCGCAUCAGCCGCAAGCCACACCGUCGCGCUGGCUCAAGCUGCUCGCGGCGUUUCUGAAAAACACAGCGGAUCGUUUGGCUGUGUUUGUCUCGUUGCUGUUUGGUUUCCGCAACCUAUCCGAGGAUGACCAGCGGACUUUAUUGGUGGAGAAGCGACUGAUCAGUUAUCUGAUACAUUAUGCUUCAUACGUGCGCAAAGGGGAAUAUUAUACUUUUUUUCCUGGGACGGAGAGUCUGCAUCUGUGCAAAUAUGUCAUAGAGUCGCUGGGGAUGGAUCCGGAUUAUGUGCGUUUUAGUGAUUCAUGUUACGCGUCAGUUAACAGCAUCGGCUUGACGUUAGUGGAGCUCUAACUGUUGCUAGCCGCUGCUUUUUUUUAUCCAGGUAACUCCCUAACCGAAUUUUGCGCCCACAAACGGUUCUCAGGCCAGUGUUUACAAAUCAUUGGACUUUAGAAUGCUAUUAAAGCAAUGCAAAAAAAGUGUUUGGGAGUGCGCGAAAGCGGAAGGUUUCUCACUGUUACGGAGAUGUACCCAAAUUUUGUACCAUGUACCGGCACACUUCCUUUUACCGGCCUUGCGUAAAACUUGUAAAUGCCGGAAAGAAAGAUUUAAAGCUUUGUCUUCCUGAAAUUGUGGCUACCACAUAUGCUUUUAUGUAGCUUGAAUAAAAUAUUUCCGGCAGUACGUUUUGCUAUGGCAAAGGUUUAACUUCCAUUUCUUUGUACAUGUAUGCUAUAUCUUAAAAUGAAUGAUACCUUUUGUAGUUAUCAAUGAUGUUCAUUUUUGCAGAAGUCACAAAAGCAUCGAAUAAGACGUUGAUGGGAUACUUGCACGUGCUGUACAUGGACGCGUUAAAUUAUUCCAUUGGGAAACGUGCAGCGGUCGCCGAACGCGGAGUGAUCUGCGCGAAAGUGCAAAAGAUUGUCAGCCAAUUUGCCCUGAUCGACACGGUCUCUGUGAACUACGUUGAGAAUAUGGAAUUUAAUACUAUUAUGCUUCGCUCGCAGUCACUUGGCUUCGGGGAAUCGUUCGUAAGAUUGUUUUCGUGAGUUUCUAGAAGAACUACUCAGGACUGUGAUCAGCGCCCUCGCAAGCCGGAUGCGGACAUGCAGCGCCUAACCCAGCCGACGUCCACAAGCCCAACCGAAAUAACCCGCCGCUUCGAGGGCAGUGAAUGAUCAGACUGGUUUUGUACUGCUCAUUUCGUGAAUGCAGAAUGUGCCGGCGUCGGUCUGUGGGUAAUGAGCGAGUGAUGCCAACUUUUAACAGAACUGCCGCAGCGCAUCGGACGGGACAUAUUGAGGCGAUCGGCGUGGAGCGCGUGAUGCACCGGUUGGGAUUCGCCCAGGCCCGGACGACCAUUCCCAAGUGGAUCCAGCGCGGUCGGGUCGAUCCCGUCGACAAGGGACUGGCCGCGCUCACGCUGCUCCUCAUGAAGACCCCAAACACAACCGUGUCUGAACAUGUCGAGCGGCGAUUGUAGGAAGGACAGGACAGAAUUAUUCCGUGUUUGCUUGAUAUUUUAUUGUGUUCACUAUGUACCUUUUGCUCAUCGGGAGUCUUUUCGGGUUUUAGCUGUUCAGUCAUGUUUUUGAUCUCCUUUUGAGUUUUAUAAUUAUUUAUUUUGUCGUGGCAGUCGUCGGUCGCUCUUGGCGCGGCUUUUGAUUCCUCAUCUCCUGUACCUGAUUGCCUAAACUUAAAAUAUACAAUUACCGUACAUAUUGAAAUGCAUGAAUGCAUAACAUAAUAUGAGUCACAGAAAUGAAUGACAAAAGUCGAUGAGAUGGCAUAAGAUGUCAAAACUUAGAACCAUUUUUUUGUCAACCGAUUUAUGUUAGUCGGCGACACAGCAUAUGUACAG